GGGCAAAAAGUGGGACUGCCAAGUGUGUCAAGCGGGCGGGCCAAAACGGACAAAAAGGGCAAAACGCAUCACGCCGCGGAUCAAAUGGGAUGCUCGAGCCGGAAAUGAAGGCAGAGGAGAUUAAUCAAAUGGGAUGCUGGAGCCGGAAAUGGAGGCAGAGGAGAUUAAUACAAGUAAGCGAGGAACACAGAGAAGACAAGGAACACGGUGACAGGAAGACGAGCACUCUACGCCAAGGUGUCCAAGAGGAUUACAAGGAGGGAAAGGUGGGAGAGGAGGGGGAGAAGGAGGGGGAGGAGGAUGAGGAGGAGGGCAGGUUCGGACACAAGCUGUCAACCACAAGGGGAGGAGGAGGAAGAGGAGGAGGAGGAAAUUUCGAAGGGCUGCAGUUGGGAGAGGAGGAUGGAAAUCACACAAGGGAGAGGAGAAGAGCGACCACGAAGACGUUGCCUAAGCGUAGCGAGAGAACAGAGGAGGGCCAAAGAGGAGAAGAAGCAGCAAGAAGGAAAGAAAGAAGCAGAAUGUGAGCAGAAGAGAGGACCAGAAGCUAAGGGAGGAUGGGGAAGGAGAGGAGAGCGAGGAGAGCGAGGAGUGGAAUGUCAUCUUGAUCCCCACACCCUCCAGAUCGCUUUUCGCAUCACCCGA